AGCCUUGCCACUCAGUGGCUCCGCUGCCCCAAUGGAUCCACUGAAUCUGUCCUGGUAUGAUGAUGAUCUGGAAAGGCAGAACUGGAGCCGAUCCUUCAAUGGGUCAGAAGGGAAGGCGGACAGGCCCCACUACAACUACUAUGCUAUGCUGCUCACCCUUCUCAUCUUCAUCAUUGUCUUCGGUAACGUGCUGGUGUGCAUGGCCGUGUCACGGGAGAAGGCGCUGCAGACUACCACCAACUACCUGAUCGUCAGCCUUGCAGUGGCUGACCUACUGGUGGCCACGCUGGUCAUGCCCUGGGUUGUCUACUUGGAGGUGGUGGGCGAGUGGAAAUUCAGCAGGAUCCAUUGUGACAUCUUCGUCACUCUGGAUGUCAUGAUGUGCACAGCAAGCAUCCUGAACCUGUGUGCCAUCAGCAUCGACAGGUACACAGCUGUAGCCAUGCCCAUGCUGUACAACACGCGCUACAGCUCCAAGCGCAGAGUCACCGUCAUGAUUGCCAUCGUCUGGGUCCUGUCCUUCACCAUCUCCUGUCCACUGCUCUUUGGACUCAACAAUACAGACCAGAAUGAGUGCAUCAUCGCCAACCCUGCCUUCGUGGUCUACUCCUCCAUCGUCUCCUUCUAUGUGCCCUUCAUCGUCACCCUGCUGGUCUACAUCAAGAUCUACAUCGUCCUUCGCAAACGCCGAAAGCGGGUCAACACCAAGCGCAGUAGCCGAGCAUUCCGGGCCAACCUGAGGGCCCCACUCAAGGGCAACUGUACUCACCCUGAGGACAUGAAACUCUGCACCGUUAUCAUGAAGUCUAAUGGGAGUUUCCCAGUGAACAGGCGGAGAAUGGAGGCUGCCCGCCGAGCCCAGGAGCUGGAGAUGGAGAUUGUCUCUAGCACCAGCCCACCAGAGAGGACCCGGUACAGCCCUAUCCCACCCAGCCACCACCAGCUGACUCUCCCUGAUCCAUCCCACCAUGGCCUCCAUAGCACUCCCGACAGCCCUGCUAAGCCAGAGAAGAACGGGCAUGCCAAAGACCACCCCAAGAUUGCCAAGAUCUUUGAAAUCCAGUCCAUGCCCAAUGGCAAAACUCGGACCUCCCUCAAGACCAUGAGCCGCAGGAAGCUCUCCCAGCAGAAAGAGAAGAAAGCCACUCAGAUGCUCGCCAUUGUUCUCGGCGUAUUCAUCAUCUGCUGGCUACCCUUCUUCAUCACGCACAUCCUCAACAUACACUGUGACUGCAACAUCCCGCCAGUCCUGUACAGCGCCUUCACGUGGCUGGGCUAUGUCAACAGUGCUGUGAACCCCAUCAUCUACACAACCUUCAACAUCGAGUUCCGCAAGGCCUUCAUGAAGAUUCUACACUGCUGACUCUGCCAUCUGCCUGCACAGCAGCCACUUCCCACCUCCAGGCCCAGGUUCUCUGGGCCUCAUCCCUGCAAGCCAUGGGCAGAAAGGCCCCGAGGGAUUGGGCCUUCUCAUCACCCCACAGGCCCUGCAGUGUUAACUUGGCUCUGCGCCCCUCUGCCCACACACUCACUCUGCCAGGGCAGGGCUACAGAGCCCAGCAUGGUACCAGCCCUGGGACUGGACCCAUGGCUUAGGGCAGCUCACAGAGUCUCCCUCCCACCUCCAGGCCCUCUCUCCUUGGCACCAAAGAUUCAGCUGCCUUCCUUGACCUUUCUCUGGGGCACUGGGGUCACCGGAGUUACUGGGGUCAGAGUCAAGUGUAUAAUGGCAAGCAAACUCUAUUGGGUUCCCCCUGGUUUUCAUGGGCCUUUGCUGGAGCAGGCAGUGGGAAGGUGGGACAGGUCUCAUUCUCCAAAGCUCACAUGGGGAAGACAUUUCAGCCCUGGAAGACUCAUGUAAAUACCACAUAACACAUGGACCCCAGAGGAGCCCAAACCAAAAAUCUUAGCUCCCUCCCCACCCCGGAAGUGAUUCCUAUCUUCCCAGCUUUGGUCCUCACUCAUCCCUCUCUGUUACAGCUCUCCAUACAGUUUCCACACCCUUGGAGGGAAGAACCCUAAUAUCCAUGGGCCCCAAGAGAGUCUGAAGAGAGAAAUGCCAGCCCCCACCACUGGCUGCCGCCCUUCUCCUAGCCAAUGCUGGCAAGCCUGGGAAGUCAAGUAUUGAACCCACAUCUGGGCCUGAGUUGGGGGACAUUUGAAGUUCUUCGAGAGUUUGUCUCCUGCCACACUCUGACAUAAAGUGUCUUUCCUUUUCUCCUCCUCUGGCUUCUUCUCUCUCCUCUUUCCUUUCCCUUCCAGUGCCUCUGCCUUAGAGGAGCCUGCGGUUAAGAGGCUGCUGAGGGCCCUUUGGCCUGGCCUGACCCUGCUCUGAGGGAGGAGGGGAAACUGCAGCUUGGAAGGGUCCCCAGGCUCCAGACUCUGUAACAUCUCACUACACAUGCACCAAACUAAUAAAACUUUGACAAGUAACUCAAGGGCCCUUGGGUGGCCCAGAGCAAUGCCAACACCAUCCUUACCAUUCAG